CUAAGGACAGGCCCAAUAUUAACUAAAGGUUUGAGGAAGCCGUGUAACCAUCUCUGGAACCAUCGACAUUGUCCACAACGGCCGAACUCUCCGCCAAGUCGCCGACUUCCUUCGCGGCUUCACCCUCCGUCAGGCGCCAGUACGCAGUACGACAGAACCGCCAUUUCGCCAUCACUGCAGCACGCCUCGUCAGUUGUCUCAUACUCACAUCACGCCCGUCGCCCGGUGGCCCGCUCUCCGCCACUCACCCUUAGGCGGUUCGGCCAGUCGACCCUUCUCGAUUUUCACUUCCAACCAUCCGGUUUCCGGUGUUUCUUGUGACUGCAAUACAGCAAAAACAAAAUGUAUCUCAAGUCAAGUUUGUCUUGGAACGUAGUGAUCCCUGCCAAGAAUCUUGAUGCCAAAGGCUUGAUGCUUCAAAAGGCAAUCACAGUCCGUCUCUUGGAUGACUUUGCUUCCAAGAAAGCCACUAGAACCCUCGGUUACUUCCUAGCAGUGACUACACUGGACAAGAUUGGUGAAGGUAAAAUCAGAGAGAACAAAGGAGACGUGUUGUUCCCCGUCGAUUUCUGCUGCAUCUCUUUCAAGAUCUUCCGUGGAGAGAUUCUAGAAGGCGUCGUCCACAAGAUUCUCAAACACGGCGUCUUCAUGAGGUGCGGGCCCAUCGAGCACAUCUACCUCUCGCACCAAAAGAUGUCUGACUACCGUUACGUCCCCGGGGAAAACCCCAUCUUCAUGAAUGACAAGAUGUCAAAGAUUGAGAAGGAAACCGUGGUUCGUUUCAUUGUGAUCGGGGAGAAGUAUGUGGAGGCCGAGAAGGAGUUUCAGGCCGUUGUGAGUUUGGAGGGUGACUACCUUGGUCCAGUUUCACAGAGCUCUGGCAUAUGAUGGUGCCAUGGAAUUUUGUAGAACUAUAAACUAUGGAACAGCAUGGCAUUUUGUAAUUGCUGACAACAUGGAGGCUAAUACUUAUGGUCUAUUUCAUGCGUUCCAUCUUUAUUUUCUCUACCAGCCUGUGUUAUUAUGUUAUCUAUUCGGUGAGUACUCGCAACUCGGAGCAAUUGGACUUGGCCUGUCCUGUUUUCCUGAGUUACUCAGAGUACAGGGAGAGUUUCUUAACUAGGGGAAAUAUUUGACUCGACCACUCAUAAGUAUUUUUUUGGGCUGAAUUUAAAACACAGCCACCAAUAUAGAGACAGAGAG